AUGUCUUCCCCCGCAAUCUACACCAGACGCUUCCUCUCGAACCGUCUCCCUCUCAUCUUCCAGGUCCCCACCGCCAAAAUCCAACGCUUAUCCACCUCAGCGACCGCCGAACAAGCAACCAGCGCCAAACCCUCCCCCGCCAGUAACCCCGAAUCAGACGGCAUAAAUGUCUCGCGCGGUAAGGAGUCUAGAUACACCGACGCGCCGCCAUCGAGUAGCAUGCAAUCACCCAUCUCAGCGCGACGCGGACUCCCGAGUGAGGCGCAGGAGGGGGAGGAGCAGACAACUACAGAUGCACAGAUUAAAAAUGACCCUAGAGAAUCAUUGGAGAAGAAGAGGGAGAAUGUGAGGAAGGCAGGGGAGAAGCCUAUAGGAAAGGAGGAUUUUGCUUGA